AUGCUCGCUCCAAGAUUUGAAGCAACUCCCGUGCCCGUGAGGGGCUGCGGAAUACGCCCAAGUGAGCUUCGGUCGCUCGUUUACGAAGAGCGGAGGGUGGGAAUUCCACGCCCACGUCCACUCGUUAUCGACCUUACCAAAGAUGACGACGAUGAUGAACACGAGCCGCAAGUGCAAAAUCGGAACGACCCUUUUUUCACCUUACAAUUUGCAGCCCUGGCGAUCAGACCAACCGUGGCCUCGAAUGCCGACCCGAUUUCUCGACAACUUUCAGCAAACCCUCAGGUAUCUGCCUGCCAACGAAUACCUCGCCUUCCACAAACCAUUCCUCCGCGGCUUGGACAAGUCAGCUCCCCUAGAUCGAACAAAAGGAAAGAAUCCGAGUCUGGGGAGGAAGGUGAUGAAGCCGCAACAUUGUCAGCAAAGCGUCGUCUGCGACCUCGGAAACCAGUAACCUAUAGCGAGAACGGUCUUGGAGACGACAUAAUGGAUUUAGACGAACCUUUGGAGAACUUGAUUCCAUCGGUCGAAAAGGAUGACGACGACAAUGAAAGUGAUGACGAUGAUUUCGCCGACUUUGAGGUGGAACGGGUGAUUGCUCAUAGAACUCGUCGUGGGAUGCACGACUACCUCCUUGGCUGGGUUGGUUAUACCGAACUGACUUGGAUUCCGGAAGAGCAUUGCGAUUGUGACCAACUCAUUGCUCAAUUCCGUAACGUGCCCCGAUUUGAUAUCCCGGGUGGGUCUUCGCAAGCGCGGGAAUUGAUUGAGGAGGAGCGAGUUCGGUGGUUGCAAAGGGCCGUCGGGCAAAGGGCAGACACUCCAGCAAGACCCGUGAGAGAACGAGGCCCGGGAUCUGCCAGGAAUCCCAAGACCGGACGAUUUGAACGUAGGAAAGUCAGAAGCCCCCGGCCGAUCCCACCGAUCCCACCGAGGAGCGACAGAGUCAUUCAAGACUCCGAGGAUGAAGAGGGUGAGGAUAAUGUUAUGAGCAUCGGACCAGAUGUUCAACAACAUGCAGAGCAAAUGGCGACUGCAUGGACAAUACUUGAUUCUUGUAGUGUAUCGCGUACUCUGUCCCCGUCUCAACAAUCGAAAAUACAUAGUGCCCCGCCGCCAGACACUUCACAAAAUAAUCGAGUGCAAGAUAUUAUAUCGAUCCGGCAAACGCCAGUGGAAGAUGCAAUUCCUGCACAAAAGCCAGCUCCUGUGGACCCAAACAAUCAGCAGCCACGACAAACGGCCAAAGUUUUCUGGACCAGAAAUACUCCUGGCGCCAAUGAAGAGCAAACUUCUUUUGUGCAAAUGGGAAAUGGAAAGGCGUUUACCGCUGUAUCCGUCGGCUCAGAAUCGAUCCCCGCGGUGGAAGCCUCGAGGUGGAGAGCAGUCAACUUGGACGCAGCAAAACUUUUAUUGACAAGACCCAAGACUGCUCCUGGCUGUACAACAGAGGUCAAGAAGAAGGCGACUGUAUCUUCAUCCUCAAAGCCAGCGGGAGGUGCGGACAUUCAAGCGGGUAUGGCAAGGUUAGACCUCGACCUUCGGCAACCAGCUCACGCACAACAACAAACCUCUUUGACUGAGAAGCCAUCUAGCUUUACAGCACCAGAGCAAAGAGUAUCCCCGUCUUCUUCCACGUCUCCGACACGAGAUGCCGCUUUCAAACCGUUCAGCUCAUGGUCGGCUGUCAAUAAUGCACCAAAAAACUCGUCUGAGAGUUCUCCAAGUAUUCUUACCCAGUCUUCAUCAAGCGCUUGGGAUGCACCAAACUUUGCAACAUCGAAACCGAAGUCAAUACACUAUUCUCUGGCGAGCAUGACACCACGAGCAAACACAGAAUCAACCUGGCGGCCCAAGACAGCCAGUAAAGUUGCACAAACAAUCGGAAGCAAGUACCCAACACAGCAACAGCGAAGCAAAACGCAGCGCCGCUAUCCUGGACAAGUCCGGUCCGACAAACCGUUGCCGUCAGCCGCUGAGGAUAUAGUUGCCAAGUUUUCACAAUCAGCAAUGACUGGAAUGGCUCGAGCGACGAAAUCUCCCUUCACAAAUUCAACACCACCUGCGAAUUCCAAGUCACCUCGGCCACUGUCAAAUGUCGGAGUUUUAAAGCCGGUGGCAUUUAGCUGGUCUCCCCUGAGCAGCCCGGAAAAGGGUACUCACACUAGGAGAACCAGCCUGGACGCAAUUGCGAAAGCUGGCCAUCCGCCCAGGUGGGGAAUGGCACGGUCUACUCAACCGUCUUCAAAUUCGACCGCAUUGCGAGAUGCACGUACCAAGUCACCGAGGCCAGCGUCAGCCGUUGAUGUCCCACGAUCGCUUGAAUCAGGGAUAUCUCGAACAACGCAAUACUCGCAUUUAACACCCCCAGCAAAGGUCGCAGGCACAACGCCGACCAUCCUAGCGGCUCAUGUUACGCUCCCAGCCACGUCCGAAACAGAGCGCAGAGUACUUCAUGACGCCGAGAGGAAGAGUGUUGUAGGUACCUGGGGAGCAAAGAACAGUCUGCAACAGCAGAAACUUGCCAGCCUUCGGAGCUCCCCACAAGAUCCGAUGGCAAAGUAUCAUGGAUUCAAGAUCAAUGUUGUGAAAAAGUCGAAUGCAGAUGUUCAAACCAGCGCAAACGCAUGUGCAAAAGGCUCUAUGUCGGAGAACCGAGGGUGUGUCCAUCGAAACGAGUCGAGCAGAAGCCCGAUCCGGAGGAAGCUUGCCAAGGAACGGCGUCAACGGCAACUAGUAACGUCCGCAAUUGAAGCGGAAAUCGCCAGUAACGCCGGUGCACACGGUAUAUUCAAGAAGAAUGUGGCCACAACGUUGGCGAAUGCAUCUAUGAAGGCGCCUCGACGGCCGGAUUUCGUGCAACGAGUCCCAUCCGCAAAGACAGACCGCGAGCGAAGCCCGUCGGUGGCGACGACAGCGUUCCUGAAGGCCAGAGAGCGCGAAAAGGCCCAAAAGCAAGCUCCCAGUGCGGUCCGACGUGAGGUAAAUGGGGACUAUGGCCAUUAUUACCCGAUAGGACUGUGCAUGGUUGCCAAGGAGCUUGAGGCCUUGAACAUUCGGUAUCGGCAUCGUGCCGCAGCAGCAUAUGGAUUCAGUAUAUCGGAUGAUACGCCGCGGCCGAGCAUCGAGAAGUAGCCUCAUCUCCGCCACUCAACUCAAAGCAAUUGCGCUCUUGGGUGCCAGCAUGGCUCCUCCAUAAGGUCGCGACCUCCACCAAGCACCUUGCCAAGCAGCAGCCUCAAGACCAUUCCCCAUCUCAUGAUGU